AUGUCAUCUGCGACGGCGUCCGGCGCGGAUGCAAAGCCAAACGGCUCAGCGAAAUCCAGAGAACAUAACCAAGGGAACCAAGACCGGAAAUUCACUCCAGAACAGAAAGCGGCAGUGCUACGUGUUCGGAAAUGUUCGCCGACUGCAUUCUAUGAGAUUCUAGCUCUAGAGAAGACUGCGUCUGAUGGAGAGAUAAAGAAGGCUUAUCGGAAACUGAGUUUACUCACACAUCCUGAUAAAAAUGGGUUUGACGGAGCGGACGAGGCUUUCAAAAUGGUAUCCCGAGCAUUUCAAAUACUAUCAGAUUCCGAGAAAAAAUCGAAAUACGAUAAGUUCGGCGGAGAUCCCGAUAAUAGAUUUUCAACGGGGGCUUCAUCGUCAUCUUCGCCGUUCAGCGGAUUCAGCGGAUUCCCUCAAGGGAGGGGUGGAGGGCCAAUGUUUGAUGAGGAAAUAUCUCCCGAGGAGUUGUUUAACAGGUUUUUUGGAGGCGGCGGCUUUGGUCCUUUUGGAGGCGGAAUGUUUGACACUGGCCCUCAAUUUGUCUUUAAUAUGGGAGGCGGCCCCAAUAUCCGAGUUCAUCAAUUUGGCGGCUCACGACCCAGACGAAGACCUCGUGAGGCAGAGAAUCAGUCAGGUGCCCAGGCUCCCCCCGCUGGCUUGGCAUCAUUUGCACAGUUCAUUCCAAUCCUCCUCAUAUUCUUCCUCCCGCUCCUCACCUCUCUGUUCUCCGGCUCAACCUCCUCCGGACCUUCUCUCCGAUUCGACAAAGCUGUGCCUCCCCAUACAAUGCACCGUACAACACCGAAACUCAGACUAGACUAUUUCAUAAAUCCCGCCGAGGUGGAAGAUUUCAGUGCGCGCAAAUUCUACCAGCUCGACCACAAAGUUGAGGUUGAUUAUGUAUCAAACCUACGGUAUGACUGCGAAAGAGAAGUUCAAGCGCGCGACCAGAUGAUACAAGAUGCUCAGGGCUGGUUCUUCCCUGACGUUGAGAAGCUGAAGGAGGCACGCUCGUUGGAGCUUCGGAGUUGCAAGAAGUUGAAUUCGCUAAAUCUUUAA